AUGAAUAAUAUAACAACACCAGGUCAGGUAAUCACUGAUUUAAAGUUAUCAUCGAAUAAAGACUCUGGUGAAAAGAAGAUAUCAAAGAAAGAAGAAAAUGUAUCAUCAACUUCUGACAUUACCAAUAUACUUCUUCUUGGUGAAACUGGAGUUGGUAAAUCAACUUUCAUUAAUGCUUUUGCAAACUAUCUUACAUUUAACACACUCGAAGAAGCUCAGAGGAAUGAACCAGUAGUACUCAUGCCUGUUUCAUUUCUUAUGACAACUGGUGAUAAUUUUGAAGAACAUAUUGUGAAAUUUGGUGAUAUAGAUGAUUCUAAUAAUGAAGAUUUUGAUCAUCCUGGUCAAUCUGUCACACAACAUUGUAAAGCAUAUGUAUUUUAUCUUAAUGGCACUGAUCAACAAAAACUACGUAUUAUUGAUACACCUGGUUUUGGUGAUACACGAGGUAUUGAACAAGAUGAUCUCAAUAUGGAACAUAUUUUAGAAUAUGUGAAUAAUCUUUCUCAUCUCAAUGCAAUAUGUUUUCUUCUCAAACCAAAUGCAUCAAGACUGAAUAUCUCUUUUCGAUCAUGUAUUACUCAAUUAUUUUCUCUUUUAGAUCAAAAUGCUCUUAAUAAUAUUAUCUUUUGUUUUACUAAUAGUCGAUCGACAUUUUAUACUCCUGGAGAUACUGCACCAUUACUUAAGAAAAUGCUCAUUUCUCUCUCAAUCGGUAAUGUUCCAUUCAAAAAAGAAAAUAUAUUUUGUUUUGAUAGUGAAUCAUUUCGGUAUUUGGUUGCUCUACAAAAUGGAAUUGAAUUCAAUGGUGAUGAAAGGCAAGAAUAUGAAAUGAGUUGGUCAACUUCAGUAAAUCAAUCAAAUCGUCUUAUUGGUUAUAUUCGUAAAAACAUCGGUUUGUAUCAUAUAGAUGGUACCUUACAAUCAAUGAAACAUGUUCAAUAUGAAAUCAAUCAUAUGGUUCGUCCAAUGUUAGAAACAAUGAGGAAUUAUCUUCGAAAUCUUAUCCUUCGAACAAAGAAUUCUAUAAAGGCUUCAUUGAAAUUGCAUGCCAAAGAUAUUUCUUUUCCAGCUACUCUUUGCAUUUCAUGUGUACCUUAUGCAUUACUAGUUGGACAGUUUUGGAUUGCAAAAAACAUUCCACAUAAAAUUCAAAAUAAUCAUUGUAGUUGUGAAUGUUCUCUCAAUCAACAUAUUCCAAUUGAUUACAUACUCGAAUAUAAAUCUUCGAAAAAACCGCUCAAGCCUAAUCACGAUGAUAUAAGUGAUCUUCUGCAUAAACUUUGUUAUGCAAGUGCAGAACUUUCUUAUUUUCUUGUACAUUCAACUGCUUUCUCGAAAAUUAGCAAUGCAGAACUUGAUUGUACCAUCUAUGACAAUGAUCUUGAUGGUAUCAAUAUAAAUCAAUUUUAUAUAACACGUUCUCUAGCUCAUCGUAUUACAUCUGUUGUUUAUGAUUCUACAUUAAAAGUGAAAGAAUUUAAUGUAUUUAAUAAUGUUAAUCCAUCUUCAAGUGUUUAUUGUGUGAAAAAUAAUGGUAUUAUUGAUCAACAUUUACCAUCGGAAUUUGGACAAUUAAAAUCUUUAUCAAUUUUAAAAUUAUCUAAUAUUACAAAUCUUGAAGAUUUACCUGAUGAAAUUAAAUAUUUAAGUCAAUUACAAUCAUUAACAUUAGAAAAAAUUCGAAAUUUUAAUAAAAUAUCUGAUGAAAGUUUUGAAAUAACAAACACAAGUAUUCAUAAUUUACAAUUAGAAAAUUUAUUUGUAUUACAAUCAAUAAUAAUUUCAUCAAAUACAAAAUUAAUUUCAUUAGAUAUGAUAAAUUUAUCUUCGAUUCCAACAAUGUCAAUAAAAAAUAAUCAACAAUUAAAAACUAUUAUAUUAGAAAAUUUUUCUAAAUUAAAUACUUUUGAAUUAUAUUCAUCAUCAAAUCUUGAAUUGAUUUCAUUUCAAGAUGCAUCAUUAUUAUCAACUAUUAUAAUUAUAUCAAGUUCGACAUUGAAAACUAUUUCAUUUAUUAAUGUACCAUCAAUAAGAAAUCUUAGUUUAUCUGGAUGUGAACUAACAAUAUUUCCUGAAAGUAUUUUAACAUUAACAUCUUUCGAAGUAUUAAAUAUGAAAUCAAAUCAAUUAUCAACAUUACCAUUAACAUUAUUAACUGAUUUACCUAAUUUACGAAUUCUUAAUUUGACGAAUAAUAAAUUUCAAGAAAAUAUUUUUCAACCAGCACUUAUUUAUCUUCAUUUAAAUAUUAAUAAAAUAUCAUUAAUUUCACUUGAAACCAUGAAAUUAUCAUCGACAUUAAAAAGAUUAACAAUGAAUUCUAAUGUAUUGAAUGGUGUUCCAUAUUCAAUGACAAAUAUGAGAUCAUUAGACGUUUUUUCUGCUACCGCUAAUAAUAUUUCAUAUUACGAAAUCCGUUAUCUCAUUGAAUUAUUUAAUAAAUCACCUAUAAGAUCUUCAUUUUAUUAA